AUGACGUUAACAUUAGAAGUGUUACCUGAUGAAUUAUUAUUAGAACUUUAUUUAUAUUUAAAUCCAUUAGAUGUUCUCUAUUCAUUUUCUGGACUUAAUCAUCGAUUUGAUCGUAGUAUAAAUGAAUAUAAAUAUCAUAUUGAUUUAUCCAUAACAGGUAUAUCAUUAUCUAAAAUGAUUUAUUAUUCAAAACAAUUAUUUCCCGUUAUUUCACAUUAUGUUCAUAUGUUAACAAUGAGUGAUGAACGUACACCAAAUCAAAUGUUAUUAUUUAAUGAUAUAUGUCAACAAUUUUCAAAUUUAGAAUGUUUAAAAUUAAGAUAUUGUAAUGUUAAUGAUGGUAUGAUUAAUAUUCUUUCACAAUUAUAUCAAUUAAAAAAUUUAUGGGAAUUAUAUGUACAUGUGAGUGAUGAAAUUGUACCAAUGACAAAUAUAACAAUGUUUUUAAUUGAUUAUUAUGUUUUUAAUUGUCAAAAUCAAUUAGAAAAAAUAAAAAUAUUAUGUGCAAAUGGAAUGAAUAUAUCUGAUCAAUUACAUCCAAAUCAUCGUAUUACAGAUUUAAAUAUAAUGUUAAAAACACUUGAUGAUUUAUUUAUGAUAUUUCGAUUAUUACCAAAUUUAAAACGAUUAAGUGUAAAUAUUGAUCAUUAUUCACCAUCAAAAUGGAUUGGAUCAUUAAAUUUACCAACACAUCUUGUUGAAUUUCAUUUUGAAUCAUUUGAUGGUAAUGUUUUACCUUUUGAUGUUCUCGAUCUUCUAACAUAUAAUAUACCUACACUAGAAUGUUUAUCGGUUGAAGUUCAUACUAAUGAUCAAAAUUAUGUUGAUGGUCAAAAAUGGGAACAUCUUCUAUCGAGUUCACCUAAAAUUAAAAAAUUUUUUUUAAUCGUACGUUUAUCAAAUCAAUAUUUAGAACUUUUUAAUGUUAUAAAAACAUUUUCAACAGAUUUUUGGUUAAUAGACAGACACUGGUAUGCAUUGGGUUAUAUUGAUGUAAGUCAAUUUUAUUUAGAUAUACUACCGUAUGAUUUACCAGAUGAAUAUUGGCUAGAAACGUCUGUAAGAAUGUAUGAACAAAAAUCAACAUCAUCAAUGUCAAUAAUCGAUCGAUAUCAUGUUGAUUGGUUACAUAUUGCUGGUCAAGAUAGAGCUGUAUCAAUGUCAAACUGUUUUCACAUUAUUAAUCAAUAUCCAUUGAUAAGAAAAUUAUCAUUACUUCAACUAAAUAUUGAACAAGAUGAAUUGAUUGAACAUAAAUUAGUUAAAUUAAAAAAAUUAAAUCGUUUACGUUUAGCUCGUUCAUCAAAAAAUAAAACAAAUAUGAUUUUUUUAUCUAAUUUAUUUCAUGCAUCUUCUCGUUUACAAUGUUUAUCAAUUUAUUAUGCUGAACUUGUAUAUAUUACAAAACAAUUACCUAAAAAUAAAAAUAAUGAACAUUUAGGUUAUUCAUUAAGUCAAAAUAUUACUCAAUUAGAAAUAUUUGUACAUGGUGGUGAUGGUCAAUUAAAAAUUAUUGAUUUUUUUUUAAUUUCAAAUGUAUUUACAACUCUUCAACAUUUAGAAUUUCAAUUGAAAUCAAGUAGAAAAGCAAUGAAACAUAAACAAGAAUUUAUUUUAAAUCAAUUAUUAAACUAUUUUAUGAAUAGUAACAAAAAUUUAAUUAGUUUUAAAAUGAUGUGUACAAAAAAUUUACAUUUUACAUUUUUAGAAUAUAAUCAACUUAAUUAUUGGCUACGAACAAAUAUUGAUAUUCUUAAAAAUAAUACAACAAAUUUAAAUGCCACAUAUGAUAAAAAACAAUUACAAAUUUGGUUAUAA